AGAGAAAGGUGCUUUACUGGUUGGAAGCUGCCACAAGACAAGAAAUGACUUGGGAUAACGAGACUCCUGGAAUGGCCACUGCACCUCCAUGUUGGCUCCUUUUGGUAGACUCAUUGGAUACAUCCAGUAUGGCUGAAGUGGAACCACAAGAGGAUAGAGAAAAAAACUCUUCUCCACUUGGAAGCUGGAAGUGUGGGGAAGAUGGAUUCACUGAGAAGGAGAAGGAAGAGGAAGAGAAGGAGGAGGAUGAAGGCACUUCUUCAGCCAGUGAGGAUGACAGUAGCCCUAAGGAGACACCAUCCCCCAGCUCUCCCUCAGCCCCCGGGUCAUUCCUUGAGAAAGGCUCUACUAGUUUCCCGGGGUCACCAAAUCUGGGCCACCGGGGGAGGUCUCUGGACAUCUUCCACAACGUGAAGCACGAGUUGGACAGUGUCCGAAGAAAGUUGUCAUCGUUGGUGCCCCCAUUGAGUCGAGCUGCUUCCCCUGAGCGCAGACUGGCCACCAAGUCCUUGGCUCUCUACCACCGGUUCAGAAACAACAGGACCAUGACCACCGCAGCUCCUGUGCCGGACCUGCCUCCUCAGAGCGCUCCAGCAAUACCACCGAGGCCAUCUACAGCCGGCUCCAUCCCCCCCAUCCGGAGUCACAAGCCCACGGUCCCCUCUCUCAGCCCAUACUCCUGCCUCCCGCCCUGUCCUCGGACUCCACCACCACUCAUUUCUGCUAACAACCACUCGGAUUCCACUGCUGACCUGCUGUCUGCCCUGAGUCAGGAGGAGCGGGACCUCAUUGAACCCGUGCUGGCUCUGGGGUACCCCAUGCGCAGGGCCAUCCUGGCUCUGCAAAAGACAGGAAGGCAGAGCCUGAGCCAGUUUCUCAGUUACCUCAGUACAUGUGAUCGACUAGUCAAGCAGGGCUACUCGGAGAGCCUGGUGGAGGAGGCCAUGGAAAUGUUUCAGAACUCCGAGAGAAAGGCAUUGGAGUUUCUGCAUCUCUGGGAGCAAUUCAGUGACAUGGGCUUCCAACAAGACAGGAUCAAGGAGGUCCUCCUGCUUCAUGAGAAUCACCAGGAGGGCGCACUGGAGGAGCUCAUGACUCGGGCCCAGUGAGCAGUCACACGAAGGAUGGACUUUAGGGGGAAAGGGGAACUUGGGGUGGAUAGUCAAUAGUCACCUAGCUAGGAGCAGGAGAAGUAGGACUUUUCCAUUUUGCUCAAUGCAUCUCCCAAGCCUGAGAGUUCUUUUUUUUUUAAAAUAUAUUUUAUUUUAUUUUAUUUUAUAAUAACUUUAUAUUGACAGAAUCCAUGCCAGCGUAAUUUUUUUACAGCAUUAUCCCUUGCACUCACUUCUGUUCCGAUUUUUCCCCUCCCUCCCUCCACUCCCUCCCCUAGAUGACAAGCAGUCCUAUAUAUGUUAAAUUUGUUGCAGUAUAUCCUAGAUACAAUAUAUGUUUGCAGAACUGAACAGUUCUCUUGUUGCACAGGGAGAAUUGGAUUCAGAAGGUAAAAAUAACCCGGGAAGAAAAACAAAAAUGCAAAUAGUUCACAUUCAUUUCUCGGUGUUCUUUGGGUGUAGCUGUUUCUGUCCAUCAUUUAUCAAUUGAAACUGAGUUAGAGCCUGAGAGUUCUGACCCAGUAUAUGAAGGUGAGCAUAGUGUUUGUCCCAUUUGUCUGCCAAUCUGGUGGUCCCAGAACUAGAAACAAGUCCACUGUCCCAGACACUUGUGCAAGCCUUGGGAGGGCCUUAACCUCUUAAGAGCAUGAUACAGUAGAAACAGGGAUGCAUCAGAAAAUCUUGCUCUUUAUUUCCCAUGGUACUAUGUUGUAUAUUAACUACCAUGUUACUUAAGCUCUCUGGGUCUCAGUUUACUUUUCUGUAAAAUGUGGAUGCCAUUACAUACAACUGCUGACCUCACAGCUGUUCUGAGGAUCAAAGGAAAUGGUAUAAGUCUAGAGAUUUGCAAAGUUCAAAGUUCCCUAGCAAUCUAAAAUGUCAUUAUUACUCAUCUGGGAAGUUCACUGGAUUUCUGAGGUAGGAAAGAUCUUAGAAUUCUAUCUAGUCAAAUCCCCUCAUUUUACAAUGAGGAAACUGAGGCCAAGAGAAGUAAAAGAAACUUGGGUUCUGUUCAACACCAAGUUGUUUUUCUUUGUUUUUUGUUGUUGUUGUUUUUUAUCAAAUUCUUUACAGAAUCAUAGAGUUAGAAGGGACUUCAGAGAUCAUCCAAAGAAGAAAACAAUGAGCCAUGGUCCCGGCCAGCAAAUUAAGAAUGGCUUUUGCAUUUUAAAAUAAAGUUUUAUUGUGUU